AUGACCGAACAGCAGGCCACUGUGGAGAAUAAAGUUGGAAAAUGCCUGAUACGUAGCUGGGUGGAAGAGAGGACCGUUGCAGCUCUCGACACAGAGCAGACGAGGACCCAAAUCCAAAAACAUGGACAUAGAGGGAUUGUCACGGUGGACCGGGAGUCUAAAAUGGAGAGUGUCACCACUUUUAAAGCCGCUUUCCUUCCUCCGAAGAGUCCAGGGGUGAGGCUGCGGGGCAUCAGAGGCGAGCUUUUGGAAAAACACAUCGUCCAGAUGAUAAGUGAGAAGAUCCAUGAACAGAAACCAUCAACUCCCAAAACUGACUUCUGCUCCACGACUCAAAAGGAUUUCUGUGUUGACGGAUUUGUGCCUCUUACCCCUGAAACAACACAAGCUCAUGAUUAUAAAACUGACCAGGCCAUCACAUUUUGGAGGGAAAAUUGCCAGCAGAUACAGGGUGUGACCGCCAUACAGACCCUGAAAGCACCUUUCAGGAAGUCAGCCCUGUUCAGCACACCCAUCCGUGAGCGGCUGGACGAAAUCGAUCUGCCACCUGAUAACUGA